UCCUGCCUGCCAUAGAGACCACCCUCGGCUCCAUACAGCCCCCCUACUCCCCCUCCAUCCUCCUCCUCCCUCCCUCGCUCCUCCACCAGGGACCAAGGAGGUUUUCAGCACUUGCCACAGCAGCUCACAAUGGACAGUACCACAAAGACUCAGUGAUCCCUCACAUCGCCCGGACGCUUGACAGAAACCACAGCUGACAGGCAAUCUCAGCGUUCACUAGGGAUAUCUAGGGAGAGUGGAAUAGUGAGUUUUAGAGGAAGAAAGAGGAAGUGCAUUGUGGACUACGCUUUAAAAGAAAUAAGACUGUGACUCUUCCACCCAUACGGGCGCAUUUUUCAUAUUUAGUUGCUCUAGAAACAGCAGCAGCACAAUGGAAGAAGACAUGGAUGAGGGGCAGACCCAGAAAGGAUGCCUUGAAUGCUGUAUCAAAUGCCUGGGUGGUAUCCCGUAUCCAUCUCUUAUAGCCACCAUCUUGCUCUAUGCGGGAGUGGCUCUGUUCUGCGGCUGCGGACAUGAGGCGUUAUCUGGCACUGUCACCAUCCUACAGAACUAUUUUGAGGUGGUGCGGAGCCCUGUGGAUGCUCUGGACGUCUUCACCAUGAUUGACAUUAUCAAGUAUGUGAUCUACGGCAUUGCUUCAGCCUUCUUUGUCUAUGGCAUCCUGCUGAUGGUGGAGGGAUUCUUUACCAGUGGAGCCAUCAAAGAUCUUUAUGGAGACUUCAAGAUUACCACCUGUGGACGCUGUGUCAGUGCUUGGUUCAUCAUGCUGACAUACAUCUUCAUGCUGGCUUGGCUCGGAGUGACAGCUUUUACCUCCCUCCCAGUGUUCAUAUAUUUUAACAUCUGGAAUAUUUGCCAAAAUGCUACAGUGCUGGAGGGGGCCAGUCUCUGCCUGGACCCACGCCAGUACGGUAUUGUGCCAAUCGCUGAGGCUAAAACAGUGUGCGCUGGGACGGAAAAGUUCUACAAGAUGUGUGAAUCCACUGAGCUGGACAUGACAUUCCACCUGUUCAUCUGUGCCCUCGCUGGGGCAGGAGCUGCAGUUAUUGCCAUGAUUCACUACCUGAUGGUGCUCUCGGCCAACUGGGCCUAUGUGAAGGACGCCUGCCGGAUGCAGAAGUACGAGGACAUCAAGUCAAAGGAGGAGCAGGAGCUACAUGACAUCCACUCCACUCGCUCCAAGGAACGUCUUAACGCCUACACAUAAAAAAAAGCGGGAGGCCUGGCCCUGCCACUCCGGCCUCUCCCUCUCUCUCUCUUCUGUCUCUCUAUCCGUCUCUCUCUCUACCAUCCCCUCCCGAGGGGGGGCGGAUGGCGCCUAGGGCCCUCGCCACUGCUGAUGUCACUGGUGCGUCAUAAGACAACGUGGUCUCGGGGGGGAAAGUCACAUAACCCUCCCGGGUCACAAACAGCAUUUCAGAUGAAAAAGCCCCUUUACCUCUCUCAUGGAUGGUGUUAUAAUUAUUAUGGCAGUCAUAUUAUAUAUAAUACCAGUUGUUUAGUGCUGAUAGUAAUUCUAGUGUAGUUUGUAGAAUCAGACGUAGCAGUAGUAUUCAGCUUUAUUUUUUACUUAUUUGCAUAUAAUUCUUUGUUUUUUUUUUCUUAUACAUCCUUAUUUGAUGCUACGUGUCAUUUUGCUCUCAUGCAUAAUUUAUUUUUGUUGAUUUCUGAGGGGGUCAACAGGGGCUUACAAGGGUUUUCAAGCACAUUUUUUCAUGGUGUGUGUAUGGAGAUUUCAUGUUCAAAACCUAUGUACUGUACGUGAACGAGUGGUUAGUUUUGAAAAUAUGGUGUCUAAAAUUUCACAACACAAAAAUGAAGCAUCAUGAGCCUUUUUCAUACCAGUAUUCCCAGGGAUUCAAACCACUUUUACAUGAGUAAAUUAGUCUGUUUUUAUUUAAGGUUACACAGUAUCAAGACAACAUGAUAAUAAAAACCAAAUCAUUAGAAUAAAACAAAUAUUUGCUAGAUGUGCCAAGCCUGUUACACAGGAAACGAUGACUUUGAUAAAGUAAAUAUCAAAGAUGGGAUUAGUCAACUAAAGAUAAAUUAUUUUAUAAUAAACAGCAUAACUUUGCCAUUUUAAAGUAUUUUAAGAUUGCGAAUGAUUCCAUCCUUUAUUAACCACAAGCCACAAAAGCACAUGCAAAUAUACUUUCAUACUCACUUUUUUAAUUUCUUAAAAGUGGAACUUUAUAAUUACUAAAAUCCUGUUCUUGCGUAACUCUGCAUUGUAUAUACUGUUAUAUCAAAACAUACCUAUAUGUUAAGCACUUCAAUUUAAGGACAAUUCAUGUGGAAAAAAGAAGAGAACACUGUGGUUCACUCCACUCUGCAUCAAUCAGUCUCAACCGUAAAGAAACCCUGACAAUAAAAAAGUUUCUGGUAUAAAGGCACUCUUUGAUGGAUUUAUCAGAUGUGAGAAAAGUGUGUGUCACAGUAAUUAUGUUUAUGAAAGUGACUGUAUUGCUUACACAUCCUGAUGCCAUGACUUCAAAGGUGGCCUGUCAGUCCAUUACCUGGCAAAAUGUAUUUUUGUCAGCAUUUCUAAACUCUAGUUUCAUGCACUUACUUGACCAUUUCUGUGCUCUCUUUAGAUGUAAGCGCAUUGGUGUUCAACUCCAAGUUGGAUAACUGUACUGUUAGUAAAGACUGUGAAUUUAGAUGUUAUUUCGUGGCAUGGACAUGCAUUACUAUAGUCUUAUUGACUCAAAAGUUACUUUAUUACACUCCUUUAUUUUUACACUUUUGACUGUCUUGCUGGAUCAACCCUUUGUUUAUAUGUGCAGUACUGAACCUCCCAUGCUUACCGCGAUAUGCUACUGAUAUUAGAGACUGUAGUCUUUGAGUUGUGUCUGUUUAGUUUGUGAUGGGCUCUCAACCAUGUCUUAAAACUAAUACUUGUACCAAGAUUGCUUACUCUGUAAUGAUCCGAAAAAAUGCUUUCAGCUUUCUCCUCGUACUAGUCUUUUGUACUUUCACUACGAAUGCUUAGUAGCAGGCUUUAAAUUUUAUCUGUUUUGUACAUUCUUGUGCCAACAGCUUAAAGUGGCUUAUUUGACCUGUAUGAUCAAAUUUGCUUGCAUAAAUAAAAUUCACUUGUGUACUUGUUAAUAAAUGCUUGAUGUUUCUUG